UCAACCAUGUCGCAAUAUUUUCAACCACUUUCAGAAACCCAAAAAAUUGGAAUGUUGAAAGAUUUUGACCGAACCCCUGAAACGGUCAAGAGUGAUAUUGAAUCGAUCGAGGAGUGGCUCAAGAAGCAACCACAUUUACAAAAAAUCCCUACUGAUAUCUCGAUUGAAAGCUUUCUAUAUACGGCUAAAUUCAGUGUUGAAGAAACAAAAAGAAUAAUCGAUGACUUUUACACUGUUCGAGGGCAACUCCCCCGAAUUUUAAACACGAAAGAAAUGCAUCCGAAUUCUGAAAUUCUAAUGAAAUACGCUGACAUCAAUUAUAUUAUUCCGUUGCCAAAACUGACCAACGACUUGUGUCGAGUUGUUGUGUGUAAAUUUCUCGAAGAACCAGAAUUUUUCAAUCCCAUUUAUUCUUUCAUUUCCAAUACCAAUGUAAAUGUAAUUCGACUAUUGGACGACCACUGUAUUAACUCUAUCAUGAUUUAUGAUUUAGAAAAAUGUAAUUUGAGACAAUUAAGUAAAAUUACGCCGACAAUGCUUAAAAUAUUCUCCGAGCUUCGUAAAAAAAUUUUAAACAGAUCCGUUAAAUCUCUCAAUUUGAUUAAUUGUUCCUCAAUGACUGAUUACAUUCUUCGUAUUAUUAAGCCACUAGCAAGUCCCAAAGUCGUGGGACGGAUUUGUGUACAUAAUGAUUUGCAAAGUUUGUAUCAAAUCGUGUCUAAGGAAGUUUUACCGAAAGAUUACGGUGGUGAGGAGAAAUCUUUGAAAGAAUUGAACGACAUGCUUAAAUGUAAAUAUGUGGAAUAUCGGGACGUUUUUAACAAUUUAGAUAAUUUCACAAUUGAUGAAAAACUACGUCCCGCGAAAUUAGUCAACGAUGACCUUCUUGGUGUUUAUGGCAAUUUUAAAAAACUCACAAUCGAUUGA